CCGCGACGUCGAGGAGGGGAGUAAGAAGCAUCGGAAGAGGCGAUAGAGGAGGAGGCGGUUGCUAUGGGAAUAUAUGACCACAUAAACGGAAGUCUGUUCUGAUAAUUCUGAUACCUGAGAUGUAAUUGGACUGAGGAGUGGAACAGGAAAAAUUUUAGUGCCAACUUCAGUAACAAUGGCCACUGAUUCAGGGGAGCCAGCUAGCACUGAAGAUUCUGAGAAACCUGAUGGAGUUUCCUUUGAAAGCAGAGUUCCACAGAUUGCUUCAACUUUGACAGUAGAUGCUAGAUUAAAGGGAAAAAAUGGUACCUUUACCGCUUCUGGUGAAGCGAUAGAAAGGAAGAGAUUUUUUCGAAAGAGCAUUGAGAUGACAGAAGAUGACAAAGUUGCUGAAUCUUCCUCAAAAGAUGAGAGAGUAAAGCCUGCAACAAAUAUUCCAAGAGUAGAUAAACUUCCCACAAGUGUAUUGAGAGGUGGACAAGAAGGUAAAUAUGAGCAGUGUUCAAAAGCAACUUUGGAAGCCUCAAAAGAUUGCUCUAAGGAGAAAAAUGAGAAGGAAAUGGAAGAAGAAGCAGAAAUGAAAGCUGUAGCGACUUCUCCUAGUGGCAGGUUCCUGAAAUUUGACAUAGAACUGGGAAGAGGAGCAUUUAAAACAGUAUAUAAAGGACUGGACACUGAAACAUGGGUUGAGGUUGCUUGGUGUGAGCUGCAGGACCGGAAGUUAACCAAAGCUGAGCAGCAAAGGUUCAAGGAAGAAGCAGAGAUGCUGAAAGGUCUCCAGCAUCCCAAUAUAGUUCGAUUUUAUGAUUCUUGGGAGUCUAUUUUAAAAGGAAAAAAAUGUAUUGUAUUAGUGACUGAACUAAUGACAUCAGGAACCUUAAAAACGUACUUAAAACGAUUUAAAGUCAUGAAACCAAAGGUCUUAAGGAGCUGGUGCAGGCAGAUUUUAAAGGGAUUGCAGUUCCUGCACACUAGAACUCCACCUAUUAUUCACCGGGAUCUGAAGUGCGACAAUAUUUUCAUCACAGGACCCACUGGAUCUGUGAAGAUUGGUGAUCUGGGACUGGCCACCUUAAUGCGCACAUCAUUUGCUAAGAGUGUCAUUGGAACUCCUGAGUUUAUGGCUCCAGAGAUGUAUGAAGAACACUAUGACGAAUCCGUUGAUGUCUAUGCUUUUGGAAUGUGUAUGCUAGAAAUGGCUACUUCAGAGUACCCUUAUUCUGAGUGCCAGAAUGCGGCUCAAAUAUACCGUAAAGUAACCAGUGGCAUAAAACCAGCGAGCUUCAAUAAAGUCACUGACCCUGAAGUGAAAGAAAUCAUUGAAGGAUGUAUUCGUCAAAAUAAAUCUGAAAGGUUGUCUAUCAAGGACCUACUAAACCAUGCAUUUUUUGCUGAGGAUACAGGACUGAGGGUGGAGUUAGCAGAGGAAGAUGAUUGCUCAAAUUCAUCCUUGGCUUUGAGACUCUGGGUUGAAGAUCCUAAAAAAUUGAAAGGCAAACACAAAGACAAUGAAGCUAUUGAAUUUAGUUUCAAUUUAGAAACAGAUACACCUGAGGAAGUAGCCUAUGAAAUGGUCAAGUCUGGGUUCUUCCAUGAAAGUGAUUCCAAAGCAGUAGCUAAAUCCAUUAGAGACCGGGUGACCCUGAUAAAGAAGUCCAGAGAGAAGAAGUCUGCUGGUUGUUCGGAAGAACACAGAGAUUCACAGUGCAAGUCUAUGAUAGGAACUGUAUUGACUCAGCACCAAACUACAACUUUGCCCCCUGCUCCUCCUCAGUACAGUAGGGUGGAAUGUGAAGAAACUGAAGUUGAUCAACAUGUUAAACAACAACUUCUACAAAGAAAACCACAGCAGGAUUGUUUCUCUGUGAGAGGUGAUAAUUUGUCUGAAGCAGAAGCUGGAUCAACUAUACAUUCAGAUUCUUCAAGCCAGCCCAGUUUACCAUAUUCUUCAAACCAGAUGAUGAGCUCUCAAAUGACUUCUAACGUCCUGCAAGCUGACAUAAAUGUUCCAGGGCCGAUUUAUCCAUCUCAACAAUUAGUAGGACAUUGCCAGCAAAUUUCAGGGUUGCAGCCACAGCUGACUCAGCCCCAGAUUUUGCCUGUGGUUCAAGGUCAGUCCACUGUCCAUGUCCCUGGAUCUGCAGUUGUUUCACAGCCUCAAGUUACCCCAUUAACUGUCCAGAAGGUCUCACAUAUAAAGGCUAUAUCCCAGUUGGCUGGAGUUGAACAACAAGCAGCUGUGCAAAAGCCAGAUUUAGUUCGAAGCUUGAAUCAAGAUGUGGCAGCUAUGAAAGAAAAUACUUAUAAUCCUGAUUAUCCAAGUGGAAAUGGCAAACCAGAUCGGAUUAAGCAGAGAAGAGCUUCCUGUCCCCGACCAGAAAAGGGGACUAAAUUUCAGCUUACUGUUCUUCAGGUUUCAACUUCUGGAGACAACACGGUAGAGUGUCAGCUGGAGACUCACAACAACAAGAUGGUUACCUUCAAAUUUGAUGUUGAUGGUGACGCACCAGAGGACAUUGCAGACUAUAUGGUUGAAGAUAACUUUGUGCUGGAGAAUGAGAAAGAAAAAUUUGUAGAAGACUUGAGGGCUAUUGUAGGUCAAGCCCAGGAGAUUCUUCAUAUCCAUUCUGCCGCAGAAAAAUCCAUGGGAAUUGACUCUAUUACCUUGGAAUCCAACAGUAACCAAACAGGAUCAUCUGAACAAGUACAGAUAAAUUCUGCAUCCACUCAAACCAGCAAUGAAUCUGCUCCUCAGUCAUCCCCAGUUGGUCGAUGGCGAUUUUGUAUCAAUCAAACAAUAAGAAACCGGGAAACUCAGUCUCCUCCUCUUCAGCCUUCUUUGGCUACAGUUCCAGAGUUACAUCCAUUUCCUUGCUCAAGAAACACAAAUAAUAAGGAAAUGUCACAGGACACGUUGCUCACGAUAGAAAAUAAUCCGUGUGAGCGUGUACUUUUCACCUUCAAAUCAGAACAUAAGGAUUUAGUUGAUGGUAAGACUUCUGAAUGUGCUAGUAUAGAAGCCAAGAAGCCAGCUAUACCUUAUCCAAUGGAAGAUGACAGGCAGAUAACGGCACCAAGUACUAGUAGUUCCACUUAUUCUGCUACUUCGGUUUGUACAAUUCCAGUCAAAUGUGACAGACUCACCAACCAGACAGGUAUGUUCAUACCUGUAUAUCCAUGUGAUCAAGCUUCCAGUCAGGCUAAUGUGCUUGUGACCUAUUCUGGCGAAUCAACGCAGAUUACUGAUAAUCCUGUUACGACUUCAGCAUUUGUUUCUGAUCAAAAGCCUCGGUCUUUAUCAGUACAGCAGCCAACUCCUGAUGCAGAGUUUAUGUCCCAAGAAGGAGAAACAGCAGUGAAUACUGAAUCAGGUUCUCCUAAGGCAGUCAUUCCCACUCAGACCCCUGGCCUUGAAUCAACUACCCUUCUACCCAUUACUGUCCUGGAAUCAGAUGGGGAAAGACCUCCAAAAAUGGAGUUUGCAGACAACCGCAUUAAAACUCUGGAUGAAAAAUUGAGAAACUUGCUCUAUCAGGAGCACAACACCUCUAGUAUAUAUUCUGAGAGUCAGAAGGAUACCCAAAGCAUAGAAUCUCCAUUUUCUUCUUCUGCUGAAGACACGCUUUCUUGUACAAUGACAGAAGUUAUAGCCAUCAGUCACUGUGCAAUCCAAGAUAGUCCUGCACAAUCUCCAAAUUUCCAACAGGGAGCCUCUAAUAUUCUGUCCAGUGUGGCUGCAAGUCAGCCUGCUAGCAUAUCAGCGUUCGAACGGGACUUGAAUGUGAUAACUUCUGUACCCAGCGAAUUAUGUUUACAUGAGAUGUCUCCAGAUGCUUCACUUCCAGGGGAUCCAGAGGCCUAUCCUGCUGCUGUGUCAAGUGGUGGAGCCAUUCAUCUGCAGACAGGAGGUGGAUAUUUUGGCCUAAGCUUUACUUGUCCUAGUCUCAAAAAUCCUAUUAGCAAGAAAUCCUGGACUCGCAAAUUAAAAAGCUGGGCAUACAGGCUACGGCAGUCAACCAGCUUUUUCAAGAGAUCAAAAGUCCAUCAAGUGGAAACAGAAGAUAUAAGAUCAGCAGUUGUUCCUGAUCCCAUUCCUGUGACACAGGAGUCCACAGUUGAUACUAGGGCUUUGAGUAGAUGUAAAGCGAUGAGUGGAUCAUUUCAGCGGGGCCGGUUCCAGGUCAUCACAGUUCCUCAGCAACAGUCAGAGAAAGCAACAUCUUUUGGAAUAGAACACAGACCAGUAUUCAAGGAAAAGCAGUCUAGUGAAGAAGCACUAGCCUUUACUGCAGCUGCAGAGUCUCACUUGGUAGAAGUGGAAACUAGCACACACAAUAUUCAGACUUCCAUUUCUUCUCAGAAGUUACAAACUCUUCACAAAACCUUUAAAGAAAAUAAAGGAAUUGCCAAACAAAUUGACAGCUUCUUACCUUUAAGCACAGCUUCUGAGACUGAUAUAUCUUCAGUGACCCCAGAAAAAGAAUUGGAAGAAACUUCAGCCAUGGGAAGUAGCAUGCAGUCUGGAUCCAAAUUACUGCUUAAAGAAAGAGAGAUACUUACUAGUGGGAAACAGCUUCAUUCUAAUAGUGAAUUUUUAGCCAACGUGGCUGGUAAUGAAAAAGCAGUGGAAAAAACUAGCCCGGAGAAUAAUCAGUGCUUACCACUCCAUGAACAAGCAUAUGCUCAAACACAGAGUUCACUCUUCUAUUCUCCAUCUUCACCAAUGAGCAGUGAUGAUGAAUCAGAAAUAGAGGAUGAAGACUUGAAAGUGGAGCUUCAAAGAUUAAGAGAAAAGCACAUUCAGGAGGUGGUAAAUCUUCAAACCCAGCAAAAUAAAGAGCUGCAGGAGCUCUAUGAACGCCUUCGGUCAAUUAAAGAUACCAAAGCUGAAUCUUCAGAGAUUCCUUUGCCACCUGCAUCACCACGUCGACCAAGAUCUUUCAAAAGUAAACUUCGUAGCCGUCCCCAGUCCUUGACACAUGCGGACAAUGGCAUAGUUGCAACAGAUCCACUGUGUGUGGAAAGUAACAGAACAUCAUGCCAACAAUCUCCAGCCAGUAAAAAAGGGAUGUUCACUGAUGAUCUACAUAAGCUGGUGGAUGACUGGACAAAGGAAACUGUAGGAAAUUCUCUUAUUAAACCAAGUUUAAACCAACUUAAACAAAGUCAACAAAAAUUAGAGAUGGAAAACUGGAACAAGGUAUAUGAAAAUACUCCAUCUACUAUGGGCUACACACCAACAUGGAUUUCUUCUCUCUCCCAAAUCCGUGGAGCUGUCCCAACUUCCUUGCCACAAGGACUCCCACUCCCUUCAUUUCCUGGGCCAUUAUCAUCAUACGGAAUGCCCCAUGUUUGUCAGUAUAAUGCUAUGGGGGGCACAGGGUAUCCAGUACAGUGGGUAGGAAUUUCAGGAACAACACAGCAGUCUGUAGUAAUUCCUGCCCAGCCUGGGGGACCAUUCCAACAAGGGUUGACUUUACAGGCCUUUCCAGCUCCAGUGCAGAAUCCACCUACAAUCCCUCCUGGUCCCAAGUGAAUCAGAGUGUAGAGAAUGA